GCUUUGUUGUCAUUUGGUGGAGAUGUGUAUGGUGGUGACCAGGUAGCCUAACAUGUUUAAAAACCGACAUUUCAGAUUUUGACAAUGCCUGGACUGAUCGCAUUUAACAGAAGAUGGGGGAUAGGGUCGGAUGAUUUCGUUUUUCCAGGGCUUCUAGAGAUAUUUUUACGGACAGUCUGGUUGAUAGCCAUAACCAUUGUAUACAGUGUACACAGUGAUGCAAUCUUCCAUUGCGUAGAUGGUAGUCUGUUGCAGACCUAUUACAUUGGUGUGAUAGUUCUGCUAUGUGUGACAAUUCUAAUCUGUGCGAGCAUAGUAUAUGUCAGUAUGCAGGGCACUAUGAUGAGAGCAAAACCAAGAAAAAAGCUAGCCAAAUUGCUAUAUAUAAAACUCGUUAUCACAAUUCCAGAAAUUGUCUGGAACAUUCUAGGAACAUACUGGUCUUUCCUUCGGUCCAGCAAUUGCCAGGAGUUUGUUGUAAAGACAAUACAGGGAGCUGUCAUCACAGGGUGGAUAUUAGGAGUGCUUGUCAUCAUAGGGAUAGCAAUUGUGUUUGACCCAUUGGGGAAGACGCAUGUCAAAUCAAGAGCUUCCAGUGACUUACAGAGUGAUGAAAGGUCUCAGUUUUUUGAGGGUGCUAUGAUUGCAGCAAAACAGACAUGGGAAAAGAGAUGCAGAUUUUUAUGUUGUUGUAUACUGGGAGAUGAGCAGAGCAAGGAUGCAUUUGAUGAUAUCAGUAAACUUUUAGCAGAUUUCUUUCAGGAUCUGGACUUGGUAGCCACUGACAUUGCCGCUGGUCUUAUACUGGUGCAGAAGGAGCAGGAAAAACUCACCAACACUGGCAAAUCUUACAACACAUUCGCAAAACCCUCUACAGGUAUAAAGCCAGUAGGGGGUAGUGGUGACAGCCCCUGCGGACCUGCCCCAUGGAUGACUACCAAUAACAUGCACCACUUCAUGAAAUAUGCAGCAGGCAGCUAUGGAUGGCCAAUGUAUAUGUACAGUUACCUGGCAACAGGACUUUGUCGACUUUGUGGGGCGUGUAGAUGUCAGGCAUGCUUUGAUGGAGGAGAGGUCAUCGAUGACAACUGUUGUCAGUGUCACACGGCAGCCAUUCGGCGUCAGAUCAGAAUAGCAGAUAGUGACCUUCCCUAUGUCAGUUUCCAUAACAAGAUUUAUCAAAUCCCAUUUUAUGUAGCAAUCGACAGAGCUCAUCAGACAGUGGUAGUGUCAAUCAGGGGAACUUUGUCAUUGAAGGAUGCUGUGACAGAUAUGUCAGCAGAGAAUGACCCCCUGGAGAUGUUAGAGAAUGCUAAGGGACACAGAGGCAUACUACAGGCUGCUAAAUACAUCAAGGAACAACUACAAACCAAAGGCAUACUGGAGACAGCAUUCCAACAAGUUCAGGGAGCUGGACUGAUGAUAUGUGGCCAUAGUUUAGGGGCUGGUGCUGCGGCUAUGUUGGCUCUACUACUGAAAUCCGAAUAUCCAGAUGUGCGUUGCUUCGCUUUUUCUCCACCUGGAGGUCUGUUGAGCUACAAUGCAAGUGUCUUCUGUCGAGACUUUGUAUGUUCUGUGAUACUGGGGAGAGACUUCAUUCCGAGAUUAGGCCUUGUUUCUAUGGAGGAUUUAAAGGCAAAAACUUUGCAAUGUAUUGUUAAUUCCAAAGUUCCAAAGUACAGAGUUUUGAUGCGUGGAGUGUGGGAACUGUUCUGUAGCUGUAAGGAUAACAGUCAGACAUCAGUCAGUGAUACAAGAAUCCUAGUGGAUGAGGACACAUCAAAUCCCCCACAACAAAUAUUGGAGGAAGCAAUUCAGCACACAAUAGAAAUUAGGGAGCAGUACAAGGUCACUCACACACCCAUGUAUCCCCCAGGACAGAUCCUACAUAUGCAGGAAGUGGAAACUGACAGGAGAUGUUUUGAGGAUCCAUCCUAUUUUGCCGAGUGGAAAGAUCCAAAAGAUUUCACAGAAAUUCUAGUCUGUCCAGAAAUGGUGGGUGACCACUUCCCUGACAAAGUCAUGAAAGCCUUAGGCCAACUUAGUGAGAAAAAUUUCACCCCGAAGUCCAAAUAUGGAGUUCAGUCUGCCAACACAAAUGUCUAGUCAUGCCAAUAUGUUGUUCUCUGAAGCCAAAACUUCUGACUGUUAUUCACAUUUAUUUCAUUUUCCAUGAUUCAUUGUACUGAUACUUAUGAACUCUUUUAAUUUUUUAUUUGAUAAUGUAUUUUUAAGAAAAAUCUAUAUUUUUAAGGGAUGAAAAAUGUAUGAGUACUUGUACUGAUUGGAUACUGGAUAUUAUGUAUUCACGAUGGUUCAUGCUGCCUUAUAUCAGUAUUUUAUGAAUUCCAUGGUUCAUAGCCACUUUUGAUUUAUUUUUUUUAUCCUCGAAUAAAUUUGUAGCUCUUAGAAAUACAUGUACCGGUAAUCACCAGUUUUUUUAAAAGGCUAUACAUAUCCAAAAUUUAUGGAAUAGAAAUAUGUAGGGAAAAUGUGAUUAUUAAAUCAGUUGGAAUUCAAUUUCACUGUAUAAAAUGGUAAUUAUAUAUGAUAUUGCAUUAUAAGUUGUCGUCCAUAAUCUGUUCAAGUUUUCCACUUCACAUGCCAAAGGUAUUGCCAUAAAUUAUGGCCACAUUAGAAUGAGGUUAUUAGAAUAAUCUUCUGACUGAGAUAUUUAGUUAAAGUUUUGUAUAUUUUGAAAUCUAAUUUUUUAAGGUACUUAGACAGCAUAUGAUCGAAAACUAGAAGUAGUAUUAGAUAACACAUUAUGAAUUUUAACUUUACAAUGAAAUUACCAAAGGUUUGUUACAUGUAUAUUAUAUGCUUUAUAAGAGCCCAGCAUUGAAGAAGCCUUGUAUUUUCAAUCUGUUUGUCUGGUUCAUCUUGCCACAAUUUUCUUUUAUUGCCAUCUCUUUUAUCGUAGGCGUCGGACUGCAAUGAAAUUUUACACAUUAGCUUACCAUCAUGUGUAGAUCUAGAAUUACAGGACUUUGAUUGUCAAUACAGUAUCAUAGAAAUAUCCUGUAUUAACUCAAAAAAUGCUUUAUGUUAGUACAGACAAGGUGAAGGGAUGGGGAGGGGAAAGGAGAAAUAGAGGAGGAAUGAGGAUUGAGAUGUGGAAGAAAAGACGAAAUCUUCCUGUCCAUCCCUCUUUAUGUGAUAUUUUAUUGCCUCACAGUUUUGGGGGUUUAAUUGUUAAAAGGAAAACACAAAAAUCUCCUACAAUAUACUUUGGACUGCAAUGAAGUUUUAUACUGUGCUUACCAUCUUGCAUCAUGUACCUAAGAUCAUUUGCAAUAGGUCAAGAUUAUAGGAAACCAUGUCAAAAAAGUUCUUGAAGUAUUGAAUGACCCCUCCUACAAUGUAACACUUGCUGGACCCUUGCUGACUGGUCAGUUUUUAGUUAAGCUAUCAUAUCAUAUUGGUCUUCAGAGAGAAAUCCUAUACAAGCUCCUUCAUAAGGAAGUAUUUAAAUCAUAGACAACACACUGUCCAUAUAUAUGUUGGUAUUCCUUUGCUUUAGUAGUUUUACUGCACCCUCGGUGAAUUGGGUUAAACUCAAUCUCAAAUGAUCAUUUGAAGAAUAUUCUAAUUGCAUUUAUCAUAUACUUGGUAAUGAUUAAACUGAUUCUGCACUGUGGGAUACAUAUUAUCACAAUAGCUGGUAUCAAUGACCAGUCUGGAACCUCACAUCACAUAUCAGACCGGCUGACAAAAUGCAUAUCAGUCCAGAAAUUGUUAUAUACAUGUACUUCCUCAAAAAAAGAGCACAUAUGAUGAGUUCUUAAUUUCGUCAACAAGUUUAUUAAAUUUUGAAACAACUAUAAAUCUUAAAGAAAGAUAAAGUAUAUUAUGUGUGCAUGCAAUGAAUAUACAAAAUGAACAUUUAUUUACUUUUAAAACUGAAAAAAUUUAACCCACAUGUGAUAAAUAGAAUACUGUUAUGUAAAUUCAGCUCUAUGACCCAGUAUCAGAUCAAAAUUCCCCUCAAAACACUAUUCUGUAUGCAUACAUGUACAAUAUUUAUGUAUAUGAUAAACAGAACACAUGCUAGAUCCAUAUCAAAUGUCAUAUCAGCCCAAGUGGCCCCAUAUCAGUCCUCGAGCUAAUAUGACAUAUGAUGUGGAGUUUAGCAUGUAAAGAUCUUAAUUUAUCAUGCAAUUAUGUCAUGUAAUAUCUUUUGAGUUAAGCCCAGGUUUUUUCACCAUUUCCUAGUAUCUAUGAAAAAUGAAGUAUUUGCUGAGUUCAUAUUAUUACUUCAACAUAUCUGCAAUAUCCAUGUUUUAAUUAUUUGGUGUUUUUAUUGUACUCUUUAAAUUAUAUUUAUGCACAUUACUAAUCUUGUUGGUUUAACCAUAUAGUCUUUUGUUGCAAGUUCAGAAUGAUGUCCUUUUAACGUUAUAUACUCUGUGCAUUUCAUACACAUUAUGCAGGACUCUGUUGUCAUCAUGAAGUUUUGCAUGUUACUCUUUCAAGCUAUGGCUGGGCACAAGAUACAAAAUUUGGUAUCGGAAAAUUUUAUGCAACUUGAAUUUUUGGAACCUUUUUUCAUAAUUGAUUGGUAUGAUUUAGUAUGUAUGUGUCUCAGAAAGAUCUUACAACAAACAAGUUGAAUUUGUGAAUUGUAUUAAACGUUAGUGUUACAAUAGCAAAAUCCCCCCCCCCCCCCCCCAAAUAUUGUAUUUAUAAUUUGGCCAAAAAAGGUGAUGUCAAUCAGAAAAAAAUGGCAAAGGAAAAGUGAAAUACAUGCUAAAAUUAACAGCUUCCAAUGUACAUUGUAGUGUCAAGAGAGUCCAUUUGAUAAACAUAUCCUUUUUUUAAUGCUUUAAACAUCCCCAUAAUGGCAGAAAUCGUUAAUGUAUAACGAUGUAUGUAUACUCUCAUCUUUAUUUAAUUUCUAAAGAAGUGUUCAAUUCUUGAAAUGAUACCAAAAGUGUUUGUUGACUUGGGUUUUAAAAACCUACUUCUGGUCAAAUUCCCAAUUGUUCUGUCAUUUUACGUAUUAUUAUAACGUUAACAAACUUAUUUAUUUUGACGUUACUUUGAUGACAUCAGUAUGCAUAACGUCUUAGAAUAUGUCACGUGUCCACACAACAUCUCGAGCUCAUUUCUGACUUCACGAUAUGUUCCUUUUAUAAAAGUGAAAUUUGGAUCGAAAGUGAACUCGUUUAAGUUAUAUGGCCCCAAGCCUAAUCACUUCCUUUUCACCAAUUGAUACUGUUAUUUGUAGCCAUGCCUUUUCACCAAAUGAUACUGUUAUAUGUAACCAUGCUUUUGCUCAGAAAUAUUAAAGCUGUUACUGUUUUA